AUGGAAGUGUUCCAGCUGCUGCGUCUGGAACGCCUGUUCUGUCAGAUGGAUCACGCUGCCAUGGGGGUCACAAAGCGGCGGCUGAUUCGAUCAGCGUUGAAGAUGCGAAUGACCAAAACGCUAGCGCGCGAGGAAUCCGACUACCCAGACCCGCUGUGCUCGCAGAGAAUUAUCAAGGCUCGACGUGACCAUCAGGAGGUGAGAACGCACGACGCGCUAAUCAAUGCCCCGGAUCCUGUUCCGGUGGAUGAGAAUGAGGACGAUGAGUAUGACCAAGAACCAGAACAAGAACACGUGGACCUUGCUGAUUAUGAUAUCAAGCAGCAGGUGUCGGUGAAGGUCAUACCAUCCAAUGAUGCUAUGAAGCGCGUGGUUCGAGGUGAAGUUCUCGAUGACUUUGAACCCGUGCAGCAGAUGUCGUCCUCCUUCGUCCGCCGUGGAAAAUCCGUGAACUUCGAGCCAGAUCGUCGCAUGCACGAGCAACACAUCGAGCAUGUGGACAGCUUCCUCGAUGACAUCAAAGGGCACCCCAAGGUGUUCCUCGCGCGCGUGAACACCAGGCGCAGAAUCUUGGCACUUCGUGCCAAGCAGCCGAUUGAUGUGGCGGCAGGAGAGGAGGGAGCCAACGCGUUACUUUCCUUCGUGAUAUCAUUGCGGGUCGCCAGCCUUGGUGCGCGUACAGAGGCCGAGGAGGGUGAACCGUCGUCGUCUUCGCACAGAGAUCAGAUUCUUUCGCUUUUGCUCUACAUCGGGUCUUUGGGAACAGCAAUCGCGUGUGGAACGGCGGAAAAUCCCGAAGUCUUCGAGGAUUCUGGUGAUUACCCACUCCUUGAUCGAAUCUUGGGUCAUCGCAUGCUUGAGCUUGCUAAGGGCACAAAGUUCUCCCUGGAUUUCCAGACGCUCCAAGAAAGUGCACAGAAGAAGGGGAAGCAGCCCAAAGGCAGGCAUUUAGUGUGGGUGGUUUUGCAAAAGUUUCGAUUGGAGAAAGAUCGGGGCACGUCGCUUACCCAGCAUCACUUGUUGUCGCUUACCGUCUCCGGGAGUGACGCCAAAGGUCUUGAUGAGUUUCGUCAGAAGUUCAACUACAUACUGGAGGCAUUGGAGGUCGAUGAACGCCCUACGGAUGUUGGGAUCCGCAGUCUCAUGUAUGAGCAGUUGAAAAAUCACCCAAAGAUGUGGUUGUACCAGAAAAUGUGUGAAGUGAUAGAGAUUUCGCAACUGGACGAAAACACCAUGGCCAUCGACAAAGAGAAGAAGCAGAAGGAAGCGCGAGCAAAUGCAGAGGCGGAAACGCCCGCAUCACCAGCGCCACCGAAAGGUGCAGCCGUUGCCAUUGGCUCCUUGCCCACGUCUUCCGCCCAGACACUUUCCCUUUCUGAUUGUGAUGCGUCGAACGCACCAGUCAGUAAGGUCGAUGAUGGGAUGUGUGCGCUAGGCCGUGAGGCAUCAGCUGCCCCGGCUCGCAGGGGUAAUCCAACCAAACGAGCCAACCUUAAAGGGCGUUGCAAGUCUACCGCUUUCCGUGAUGCGCGGACGUUUAUCCCCAGAGGUGUUUCGUUCACCAGAUUCUUCACAGCAAUGAUGGCUGCAACUUCUUGCUUCUCUCCUUUGUCGAAUCCUCCUGCUUGUGCUGGACUGUUGGGUGACCUGGUGCCGAAAACUUCGGACAUGGAGUACUUGAUUGACUCAGGUGCCGGCCGGAACCUCAUCUCAAAGUCAAGUUUGCCGGAAGAGGCUCAAGGAUUGUUUGAGACAGCACCGGAAAAGUUGAAGUUUUCAACAGGAGCUCCCGUUGCCCAUUUUGGAGACGGUGAUGAGCUUGAAGAGUGCGUUGCACCCGAAAAGAUCCCAGAAGACGAGCCGUUGGACGAAGAAGAUGCGUCGAACGUUGCCUGUUUGCGGCACUUCGGCGGGACGCGAGCGCAUGGCAAAGCCCUCUGCCAAGUGACGUCCGACUGUGCCCCGGAGUUGACCGACGCGGUAAAGGAGUUGGGGUGGUUACCUAGUCCGGGUAUUCCGAACGACGCUUUUCAUAAUGCGAAGCUCGAAAGGGCCAUUAGGAGCAUAAAGGAAGGAACACGUUCGGUCCACCUUAGAGCUGGAUUUCCUCAUGCCCUGUGGCCGCGCUCGGUAGAAUUCUUUUGCACGGCGAAAGCGUUCACGACAGAGGCUCCUGUUCACCCGAACGAAACGGAAGAGUCCGAAGCCUUCAAAAAGGGGAAGACUUGCUAUGCAGUGGCUAACAAAGGGGAUGCUUUUGAAGGGCUUAAAGUUCCUUUGGGCGCCUUGGUGUACUACAAACCUGCAAAGCACAAAGAUCUUCCUCCUUUUGAUCCCAGAACGCUCCCGGGCAUUUUCUGUGGUUGGCGCAUCGACCAUGGCUUCCGUUUCAGGGGCAUCCACCUCGUGCUUGAUUAUGAAAGUCUCCGAACAAAUCAGAAAGGUUGUGGGAGACCAAUCCAAGUUCACGAAAAAGAGUUAGUGGUCCCUGAUUCUUUUGUCUUCCCGCUCUACGAAGCCAAUGCUUUGAAGCUCACGUCUUUAAGCCCAGAGCCUUCGUUGCCAAAGAUCGAACCUGGUGAGAGCCUUCCAUUCGAAAAGGGGGCUCCAGACCCUGAAGUGAGAAAGCGUAGAACAUACGUAACUUUAGAAAGGGCGAUCAGAUUUGGCAAGACGAUGGGUUGUAGAGGAUGUGAUCGCAUAGCAGAAGGCGUGAAGCACUCGGAUGCAUGUCACGACCGUUUCGCCAAGCUUCUGGAAGACGAACGAAAGGCCAAGCUCUUAGAGGAGGAAAGAAAGGCCAAAGAAAAGAGGGAUGAAAAGCCACCUGCAGCUGAAGGAGAUGCGUCCGAGAAGCCGCAGGCUCCGGUUCCAAUCAAGAUCAGCAUGAUUAUUGGUCUUUCGAUCAACAAAAAGGGGCGUGGAAAAGAGUACACGUUCGGCGCUCAGGAAGCAAUUGACAAAGAAGCCUCCGGGCUCUUGUCAAACGACACCUGGUCGUACGACGAGGUUGUUUCGCGUGAGGAGCUGAUGAGGAGCAAGACUCCACUAAACAUCGGUGACGAUAUAAGAGACGAAAACAACAACCUGGCCGUACUUCAGGAAUUGAAGGUGAAUCCGUCAGGCCUAACGGGCAUAAACUUCAACCUUGCAUACGGUUUGCUUCUCAGCCUUUACGUAGAUGAUAUCCUGCUUAGCGGUCCUGCUAAGAAUCACGCUCGGUUUUGGGACCUGCUGCAAAAGCACCUGGAGAUUGAAGAACCAUCUCCAGUGGACAGGGUCUUGGGAAGGAAGCACUUGCUCUCCCAUGAUGCUGAUUCUACCACCCUCCAACAUGACAUGAGUGAUUUUUGCCAGAAUUGCUGCGAACUCUACGAACAGUUGUCCGGGAGGAAGUUGAAAGCGGCGGCUACGCCCUUCGACUCAAACAUUCCGGUUUCUGACUUCGAAGAGAAAGGACUUCUAGCGGAAGCUGCCAGCAAAAUCCUGAUGAAAAUCCUGUGGUGUGCACGUUUGGCAAGACCAGAUUUGAUGAAGCCCAUAUCAGACUUGACGCGGAAAGUGACCUGCUGGAGUCUUGCAGAUGACAAGAAGCUGUACAAGCUAAUGUGUUACCUGCAUUCCACCCCAAAGCUCAGUCUGACAUGUAAAAUCGCCGACAGUAUGGAUGACCUAAGGUUGGGUCUCUAUACUGAUGCGGAUCAUUCAUCAGAGAUAGAGCACGCCAAAAGCACAUCGGGAUCACUUCUUGUCCUGGAGGGCCCUAACUCAUGGUGGCCCCUUUCUUGGGCGAGCAAGAAGCAGACGGCAACGUCACGGAGCACGACAGAAGCAGAAAUAAUCUCGCUUGCCUCUGGCCUGUUUGGCGAAGCAAUGCCUAUGCAGGAACUGGCAGAACUCGUGUUCAAACGCGAAGUUGACCUUUACUGUUACCAGGAUAAUUCUGCCGUGAUUCAGAUAGUGCAGAGCGGAUAUAGCGCAAAGCUGAGACACGUGAGUAAAACUCAUCGGAUAAAUCUUUCCUCACUGUACGAGGUCUUCGAAGACCCGCAUACCAACCUUGGCUACAUAGCCACAGACAAACAGUGUGCAGACAUCUUCACGAAGGCCCUUCCGCCGGUCAAGUUUCCCGCAGCGCUCCAACUUUUGAAGAUGCAGCGGCUUUGA